UUUAAAUAAAAAUACAGGUAUUCAGAGUUUUUACAGCCUUUUGAGGAAAAUCGAAUUGAAUCAGUGUACUGUUUGACCUCCUUUGUGAAAACCAAGAUGUUCGGCUUUUUACCUGGAAAUUUUCUUCUAUGAAGAUGAAAUUUAGCCAAUAAAAUUUAUAUGAAAUUUAGCCAAAACGAUUUGUGAUUUAGAGCUGAUAACUCAAUUUAGAUUUAUCUUCCAGUAUUCCAAACAGUACAUGUUUACAAAAUAAUAUAACAUUUUCAUGAAUAUGGCUUGUGAGACAGAUGAGUUUCACAAAAAGGCAACAUAAGUCUCAGGGGAAUUAUACUAAAAUGUACAACUGGUAUGAAUAUCCACAGACAUUUUGUACCAUCUCAGAUCUACUGAUGCAUGAUGUCACCGUGGAGGCGGGGUUAUGCAGAUGAAGGAGAAGAAGGAAAGGGAGGAUGUGAGCCUCCCAUCACCCCCCAACCCUCACCAUCGUCAUCCUCUAAGGUGUGUCUGCGCCGCUGGAGCUGCAGACAGACAAGACAGACUGCCGGUGCACCGACUGGACGCGACCUCUUCUCUCUGUUUCAGUCCGGGAUAAACGGAUCAUGGCGUCAAAAUGUCCAAAAUGUGACAAGACGGUGUAUUUCGCGGAGAAGGUGUCGUCUUUAGGGAAAGACUGGCACAAGUUCUGUCUGAAAUGUGAGCGCUGCAACAAGACGUUGAAUCCCGGAGGCCACGCUGAGCAUGAUGGGAAGCCUUUUUGUCACAAGCCCUGCUACGCCGCCCUCUUUGGACCAAAAGGAGUGAACAUAGGCGGAGCUGGAUCCUACGUGUACGAUACUCCCGUCAACGAAGCCCCUGCAGCCGUUUCCAUGGAAACAGAUGCCAAACCAGAGGAGGAGAAAAGAGCCCCCGCUCGGGGACCAGUGAAGGCUGCAAGCUUCUCAUCUUUCUCCGGAGGACCCAACACCUGCCCCAGAUGCAACAAGACGGUGUAUUUCGCUGAGAAAGUGUCUUCUCUCGGGAAGAACUGGCACCGGCCCUGUCUGCGCUGUGAGAGAUGCAGUAAGACUCUGGCUCCCGGCAGCCACGCAGAGCAUGACGGACAGCCGUACUGCCACAAACCCUGCUACGCUGUGCUGUUUGGACCUAAAGGUGUCAACACCGGAGGUGUCGGCAGCUACAUCUACGACAAUCCUGAAGCUGAGGCGCAGCCUUGAGCCCUGACGCUGCCUCCAACGCCCUGAGAAAGAAACACCUCCAGGACCCUAAAUGUCUCUUUGAUUUGCCUUCUACAGUCAUGGUGACAAACGAUAUGUACUGCACUCACAGGGAGGGAUGUUUAGAUCUUUAUGUUGUAUUUGUAUAUUGUUUAUAUAUCUAUUUUUUGUACUGAAACAAACCUUUAAUAAGUCCUCCCACGUGAGUUUCAGAUUUGCCUUUUAAGUUUCUUGGUUCUCUUUGCCAAAUAAUUAACCUGCUAUGUAGUGGAUUAAAGCAGCUGUGUUUUUUCACUCAUGAUUAGUAGUUUUUCAGACUUUUGUGCACUAACGAGAUGUACUGUACGAAAAAAAAAAGUACAAGCCCAACAAUUUAGUGUCAGUGUUUCUUGGAUGAGAUCAUCCGGGCUCUAGAAAGAAUGAUGACUGUGUAGACGUAGCUAAGACAUGCACAUAGACGUGGAUUUUACUGAAUGUUAUGAAGGUGUGUUUGGGGUCUGUUGUGAGCAAAAAGUGGUCAAUCUGCUCAUCACGUUUUCUACAGUAAAACUGUGUUAUACAAAAACC